ACAGAAGUUUGUUCUGCGCUGUGUUUUUACGCAGGCGCAGAUCACACUGUUUGUCCAGUUUCGUUGGUUGACUUUUACCUGGGAGGUAGACUAGUUUCGGUUCGCCGGUGGGAAUAAGCAAUAACAAUCACCGGUUCCGGUUUAGAGGUGAGAAGACUUCACUCCCCCCUCCCCGGCCCCGUGUGACUCCCACUGCGGAGCGUCGGACGGAUUUCUCCGGGAUUUUAGAGUCGGUGCGCAACAGCGACCAAAGCAGGAGGCAGGUGCACGGGAGAGGACAGGACAGGAGAAGGAGGAGGGCGGCUUGUAUUUCCGUGAGAGAGUCCUGUCGUUCACACCGGGCCGAAUGACUGAAAAUCAACUGGUUGGCGCCUCGGUGGUCGAUCUGUGUUAGUUUCAUUAGUAUGCGGCUGAAGUCCCCCCGCUGCUGCCGACAUCCAGCCUGAGGACUGAUCGGCAGCCCUGAAGUCUCCUCCGUGCCUGUUAGGUGACUCCUCGUCCCAGGGAGGACGAGGAGGAGGCGACGGCAGAAGCAGGAUCCCGGCUUUGUCGACUGUUGUGUGGAACAGUUUCCACAGACACAACACGGACCUCCUCACAUUGUGGAUUAAGAAGAUGAUGGGCUUUCUGCGCCGGACGUUUAGCCGCCGCUCCCGGAGCCGCUUCCAGACGAGAGAGAGGGACGAGCGGGACGGUAAAGGGGGAGGAGGAGCAGGAGGGGUGACCGGGAACCCCCUGCUCCUGGCCCAUCAGCAGCAGGUCGUACACGUGCCCGCCGUCGUCAGCGGGGGAGCGUCGGUUCACAUCCCGGCGGCCGGGACUGAGAGGAACACCAUCACCUGCCGCGUCCUGCUGCUGGACGGCUCGGAUGUCAACGUGGAUUUGCCUAGUAAGUCCAAAGGCCAGGAACUUUUUGACCAGAUCAUGUAUCACAUAGAUCUGGUCGAGACAGACUACUUUGGAUUGCAGUACAUGGACACAGAACAAGUCUCACACUGGCUGGAUAUGACCAAGCUUAUAAAGAAACAGAUUCGAGAUGGGCCUCCAUACAGACUGUUCUUCAGAGUGAAAUUUUAUUCUUCGGAGCCAAAUAACCUGCAUGAGGAAUUUACAAGGUAUCUGUUUGUGUUGCAGCUUCGACAAGAUAUUCUGUCUGGCAAAUUGAAAUGUCCGUAUGAUGUCUCAGUAGAGCUGGCGGCAUAUUGCUUACAAAGUGAGAUGGGAGACUGCGAUCCCUUGGAGCACUCUCCUGUGCUGGUGUCUGAGUUUCGUUUCACUCCCAAACAGAGCGAGGACAUGGAGGCAGACAUCUUCAGCAGGUGGUUGGACCUCAGGGGAAAGAGUCCGUCUCAAGCAGAGAUUUCUUUUCUCAACAAAUGCAAGUGGCUGGAACUUUACGGAGUAGAUAUGCACUUUGUCAAGGGCAGAGAUGGAGGAGAAUAUGCACUAGGUCUCACUCCGACUGGCAUUUUAGUAUUUGAAGGCCCCAACAAAAUCGGCCUCUUCUUUUGGCCCAAAAUCACUCGGCUGGACUUUAAAAAGAGUCGACUCACGUUGGUCGUGGUGGAGGACGACGAUCAGGGUCGGGAGCAGGAGCACACGUUUAUGUUCCAGCUGGACUGCUCCAAGACAUGUAAACACCUGUGGAAGUGCGCCGUGGAGAGCCACGCCUUCUUCCGGCUACGCCAACCAACCACGGGCAAGGCCAGCCGCAGCGACUUCACACGACUCGGGUCACGCUUCAGAUUCAGUGGUAAGACAGAGUAUCAGGCCACUCGCGGAGGCAGGCUAAGGAGAGCUAGCACAUUUGAGAGAAGGCCGAGCAAGAGAUACCCCUCCCGCACACAGUCACUGGGCAAAGCUGCCAUUUCCCCAGCCAAGCCAUCACAUAUCAGCUCUCACGCCAGCCCUGAUCCUAGCCUACAUCCAUACCAGCACAACAUUCCUAUUGGCCACGAGCCCUGGCACCCGCCCCACCCGGCUCUCACGCCUCCAGUUUACCUGCAGCCCUCCGGACACACACCAUCACACAGUUUCCCUCUAAGUGGUCCUGCUUCAGACCAUCAGUUCAGCAUCGAAGAGAAUGAGACUUCGUAUUCUGGCAAGAUCCACCACCAUCACCGUCGCCACACACACAGCCAGGACACGCUCUACCACACACACAACAAGAACAAACGCCGAGCUCCUCACUGCCCUGCAGAUGAGUUGGACAUCUCUCAGUCUCUGCUCAAAGCUCUGGAGUCAGACAGUGAUUCCCCCCCCUGGCCUUCACUGCACGUCAACAUGGACAACAAGGGAGAGGAGAAGCAGCUGUCUGAAAAGUCUCUGCACCCUCCUGCCUCCCCAGCGAUGCUCCCUGAUCAACUUAAGUGUAACAUCCUCAAGGCCCAGAUGGAGGCAGCCUUCAGGAAGGAAGCUCCGACAACGCCUAGAGGGAAGAACUCAGCUGAGACCCUCAAUGACAGGUAUCAGAGCUCGUCCCAAGACUCCGCUGCAUCCAGUCUGACUGCAGAGAAGACACCACAUCGACCAGACCGCAACCCAACGCCGGAGAUACUGCAGCCCAAAGCCGACACAAGCACCAACCGCAGAAAACGACUGGUCAGACAGUUCAGCUUUAACCAUGAAGAUGAAGAUAAUCUCCCAGAAGCACUUGCAGCCAUCUCCUCCCAGAGUAUAGCAAAGUCAGGAUCUACCAGCUCAUUGGACAAACAGAUACAGCCGUCCAUAUACCCACAGGUGGAUAAUAUGCCAGCACUGGAGCUGGGUAGUCCGUACUUUCCCUCUCCUUCGCCUUCUCCCCAUCUCUCCCCUUCUUACUACCAUAGCUCCAUUCCUCGUCUGGCCCCUUACCUUGCUGGCCAUAACGACAGCGGAGAGGAAAUGAGGUUGGACAGAGAGAAGAUACUAAGAGCCCUCCUGAUGACGGAGCUCUGAGACCUUGACCCUUGACCCCUGUGACAAAGUGGGAACAGAGGACCCAAAGUCAUUGGCUGCAAUCAACAUUUGUAUAUUUGCAUUACUACAUUCAGCAGUUAUAAAUAUAUAUUUGCAUAAAGGAAAUUGUUAUAUUUGCUUAAUUGUUAUUUUAGGAGGACAGUUCUUUAUAUUCAAACUGAAACUGUAAAACACACACACACACAUACAAACACACACACACACACACACACACACACACACACACACACACACACACACACACACACACACACACACACACACACACACACACACACAC